CAAGACCUUUCCCGCUGCUGCAGAGCAGCAGAAUAACGCCGGAUAGGUUAUAGGAGGUGCACAUAAUUACAUGAUACAUUAACGUCUCUCCGCUGGGUCUGCCGCAACUUGACGCGCGCACACAGUCGUGUCUAGCUGUUUUUCGCGUAAGUACACGCCGAGAACGCAAAAAAUAGUAUUGUGUGAUAUUAUUACAAACGAACGUCACGACGAAUAAUCGACCGCGGAAUACGAUUUUAUCCAAAUACCUACCGUAUACUUCUAGUUGUACACAAUCAUAUCAUCAAAAUAUACCUAUCCAGUAUAUUGUAAGUAUACAUCAGUAAAAGAACACAUCGAACACAGUGCGAGAAUAAGAUGUCUUCUAAAACGAUAAUCGCUGUCGUAACCGUCGUAGUGGUAAUGUGCCAUGACACUACUAACGGAGCUCUAAAACAGAGACAAGCAUAUAACGGCUAUUCUGGUGGAUACGUUCAGAACCACAAAGAGGAGAGUCACCAAGAUCUGAGCAAAGUACCCGGCACACCGGGAAUAGACUACCCUAUUUACCACGCGGUACCACAGACGAGUUUCAACUGCAAAGACGUACCGUACGCACCCGGCAUGUAUGCCAACGUGGAGACCGGAUGCCAGGCUUACCAUAUCUGCCACGACGGUCGUGAAGGUCAUCAAGGAGCAUCUUUUUUGUGCUCCAACGGCACUUUGUUCAAUCAAAAGGAAUUUACUUGCGAUUGGUGGUACAAUGUAGACUGUAGCAAGGCGACAUAUUAUUAUCAAUUAAACACGGACGCAACAAAAAAUCCGUUCGUUCCAAAACCAAAGAUCCCUGAAGAACCAUACAAACAACCAUAUGAUAAUUAUUACCAGAGCCCAAAGUAUUACCUUUAAAUGAAUUUAUCAUAUUAUUAAAUUAUUUAAACACUUGUUUUUAUAUGUAAAUAAGAUGUAAAUUGCUUAUACAUACUUAUGAAUUUUAAAAUAAUUUGUCAAUUAAUAAAUUAAUUGGUAUUAAUAUAUCCAGUAUAAGAUUAUGUGCUCUAGCAUCAAAUUUUGGUCACUAGUAGUAAACACUUUUGGGAGCCUUUAAAAAACUUUUAAUAAAAUGUAUUGAGUCUUGUAUUGAUUGAUAUGAUCACAAGCUAUCAAA